AUGUUGGGACGCAGCGCCUACUUGCUGGCGUACAAUGCCACGCUCAGCGCAGGAUGGGCCUAUGUCCUGUACUUGACCCUCUCCACUAUUGCAAAUGGGGGCAGCCUGAUGGACGUCUGGCAGGCAGUGGAGCUCCCCCUGGAGAUCGUGCAGACGGCAGCCGUUGCCGAGGUCAUCCACGCCGCCCUGGGUGUCGUGCGCUCCCCCGUCCUUGUCACAAGCAUGCAGGUUGCCUCGCGCCUGUGGAUCCUCUGGGGUAUUGUGCACCUGGUCCCAGAGGCCGUCACAGCUCGCCAGGUGGCCGCGGUCUCCAUUCCCGGGACAGGAGGGGCUGCCAUCGGUUUGUCCCUGGCCACUCUCACAUCAGUCUGGGCGCUGAGUGAGGUUCUGCGCUAUGGUCACUUUGCAGCCAAGGAGGCUGGCAUUCAGUCCAAGGCCCUGCUCUGGCUGCGAUACACUGGCUUCAUCGUGCUGUACCCAUUGGGGGUUUCAAGCGAGCUGGCAAUGGUGUACCUCGCCAGUGGACCCAUCCGGAAACAGAGACUACUGUCUUUGAGCCUUCCCAAUCGCCUCAAUGUGGCCUUUGACUACUAUGUGGUCUGCUGGAUCAUCGUGCUUGCAUACGUGCCAGAUCAGAUCACUGGCUUCCAGAUCGAUCCGACAUCAGUGCUAAACAUAGGAACCCCUGUGCGCGCAGAAGCCUGA